UUGCCUCGCGGUCGUGGAGAGAGAGAGAGUGGAUACAUUUGCUCUGCAGUCAUGGCGGCCUCUGCGAAAUCUGACGACGUCCUCAUCAUCAAUUGUGACGAAACGUACCCGCUAGAUUCAGUACACGAGUUGGUCCAGAAAUCGUCUCGAGCCACCAGUGUUGAAACGAGUAUCGAGCGAAGAAGUUUUUCACUCCCGAAGUUGGCAGAGGUCAGCGAGGAAGUGAAAGGAAAACAACUUCUGUGCGCCAUUCUGGUUCUCAACGCCCAUGAGUCCCGUCUGUCUAUAAACGAGAAGAACGCAGGAAUCGGCUACGCCGUUCUCUACAGGGCUCUACGGGAGGCCUCCAACGGGCACGUACUUGUUGUAAUAGGUGGAGACGAAAAGUCAUCGGCGGCAGACAGAAAAGUGGUCUCCAACUGGGUCCGCUACAAAGUCGCAUCACAGUUUGAAGAUGAGUACCUGGACGGUAGAAGAGGUUUCGUCUUCUCCUGGGGGAAGAGCUUCUAUCCCGUACAUGAAGAAGCGUGCCAACAGUAUCUUCGCGCCAUCGGAAGUGGCAAGGACGGGUUGGAGAAACCAUUCUCACCUACCGUUCAAACCGUUCAAGCUCUUCCCAAAACAACCUAUCAGGGGGGUACAGACACGAAACUGGAGGAACGAAAGUCGCAAGGAGAAGGUCCAGGGUCGGCGCCGGUGGACUCAACUGGCAGCCGGCCACUUCCACCACCGCCUGAUACAUCUCCACACAACGUCAAGAUACCUGAACAUCCAGUAGCACCAGCCAACUCAACGGGACAUCGGGAAACCCAACCACGCACGGGGCCAUCAAAUGAAACUCAAGACAAAGCUGCAGGGCCACCCCAAGCCGCAUACUGGCAAGUGCUUCCCGAAAAGCGACACCCCAAGGACCCAGUAUCGUCAGAAGCUACGAGAAGAGAAGAAACGGAAGAACGAUUGAGAGGUCACGUCAAUGAAUUAAAAAAGAAGUACCCUACGUAUCGAGGUAAACUUCUUGGUGUGCUCAAGUUUGGAAUUUUAGAUGUUGGGUAUACCUAUGCUCUCAAUGAGAGAGUUCUAGGCUUUCAGGUUCCAAAGUACAUGACAAAAACGUUUCAUGACGAGAAGAAGUCAACUCCCGAAGUGGAUGUGAUUAUCUACGAAGAUCCAAGAGAUAACGAAUUAGCGUUUAUGUACUUGGACCCUUCCAAAUCGCAUUCUUCUGGGGGCUGGGGAUUUUCCCUACCUACCUUACCUAAUCCCUUCAGUAAGAAAAAGUGACAUUUGUAGAUACAGUUUGCUAUUGGUAGGCAAGUUGUGGCAUGUAGAUUAAGAUUAUGUAGUUAAUACAACAUGCUCCAAAAGUGUAUGGAUUAAAAGUGAAGUUAUCAAAAGAAAGCGAAGUAGCUCAACUAACAAAUGUUAAAAAAAAGGAAAACUAGCUAGUUGAAUCAAUCCAAACGUUGCGCGUAUUACGUGAGAAAAUGUAUACUUUCUGUAAGCUUUGAUACUGUUCUUGUACCAACUUCCACUUAAGUUUGAUAUACAGUUAUAGUAUUGAUACUGCUAGUUUUCCGUUUCAAUAAAGGCCAGAAAAAUGUCAUGGUUCCAGUAGACGUUUCACAUAAGUAAAACUAAUCAGAUGAUGAAGUUUAAGCUUGCAAGGUACUGUCAAUACUAUCCUUAAAAACCUGAAAACAGUGCAAAAUGCAUGUGCAGAAAAGUAGUUUAUUUGUCACAGGGAAAUACUGUUGAUGAAUACAGCAUAGGAUGUUUUAUUACUACCAGAUUCUGCACCACCAAUGAAUGCCAUAGUAGCUGAACAGAUGCAGUUUAAUGGAUAUAAUUGAAGGUUACCGUAGUAAAUUGAUAAAUGGAUAAACUUUUAUCACUUUGUAUGGCUUUACCAUUAUCAUACCCAGCCCAGUUGGGUUUAUGUCAUCAUGUUGGCAAUUUGUGAGAUAUAAUCUUUCUGAUUAUAUCCAUCCUGACACUGUAUAUAACAGUUUCUACAAGUUCACCUUUGUAUAGGAUUAAUGAGGUUUAACAAAACAAUGCUGAUGUGGUGGGUGCUGCGGGUGUAUUUGACACAAAUGCAUUGUAUUGUACCAGGAAAGAUGUCGGGUAGAAUGAUCAUGUUGCUGAUACUUUCCAGUUUCUCUUUGCAUUGUUCACAA